CACGUGGCGCGGUCACGCGGCGCUACCCGGAAGUGCGCCCCCAGGCGGGGCAGGCUGGGCGUGUGUGGGCCGCCGUCUGCGUCUGCAGCGCCGAGGAUGCUGUACUGCUCUUCCAUGAGCUGGCAACCGAGUCGGUCCACCGCAGCCCUUUCUGAACCUGUGGCUGUCUGAAAGCUCUGCUGUGCUCCUUGCCAAGGUAGAUGAUCUUGCCUCACCUGGGCUGGACAGGGAGGCAGGCAGAAUGAGAUGAAGUGUGUCUUGGUGGCCACCGAGGGUGCGGAGAUCCUCUUCUACUGGACAGAUGAGGAGUUUGAAGAAAGUCUCCGGCUGAAGUUUAGGCAGUCAGAGAAUGAGGAGGAAGAGCUCCCUGCCCUGGAGGACCAGCUUAGCACUCUCCUGGCGCCAGUCAUCAUCUCCUCCACAACGAUGCUGGAGAAGCUCUCAGACACAUACACCUGCUUCUCAGCGGAGAAUGGCAGCAGCCUGUAUGUCCUUCACCUGUUUGGAGAAUGCCUAUUCAUCGCCAUCAAUGGAGACCACACAGAGAGCGAGGGGGACCUUCGGCGGAAGCUGUGCGUGCUCAAGUACCUGUUUGAGGUGCACUUCGGACUGGUUACUGUGGAUAGCCAGCUCAUCCGAAAGGAGCUGCGGCCCCCGGAUCUGGAACGGCGUGUCCAGGUGUGGGAGCACUUCCAGAGCUUGCUAUGGACUUACAGCCAUCUGCGGGAACAGGAGCAGUGUUUCGCUGUGGAGGCUGUGGAGCGGCUGAUUCACCCCCAGCUCUGUGAGCUGUGCAUAGAGAUACUGGAGCGCCACGUCAUCCAGGCUGUCAACUCCAGCCCCGAGCGGGGCGGCGAGGAGGCCCUGCAUGCUUUCCUGCUCGUGCACUCCAAGCUGCUGGCCUUCUACUCCAGCCACAGUGCGAGCUCUCUGCGCCCUGCCGACCUCCUCGCACUUAUUCUCCUGGUUCAGAACCUCUACCCCAGCAAGAGCACAGUGGAAGAUGAUGAUGCCCAGCCUUCCCUACCGAGGCCCCAGAGAAGCCAGAACAUCCCUGUGCAGCAGGCCUGGAGCCCUCAUCCCACAAGCCCAGCCGGGGGGAGUUCUGCAGAGACGGAGACAGACAGCUUCUCCCUCCCUGAGGAAUACUUCACACCCGCUCCUUCUCCUGGCGAGCAGAGCUCAGGUAGCACCAUCUGGCUGGAGGGGGGCACCCCACCCACUGACGCUCCUCAGAUAGCUGAGGACACCCUGCAAACGCUGAUUCCUCAUUCCCCAGAGCCUUCCAGCCCCAGAAGGAUCUUUCUGGACACCAACAUAAAGGACAGCCAUUGCCCCAUGGCACCGCACACCAUGUACUGCCUGCCCCUGUGGCCGGGUAUCAACAUGGUGCUCCUGACCAAGGGCCCCAGCACCCCCCUGGCCCUGGUCCUGUUCCAGCUGCUGGAGGGGUUUUCCCUGUUGGAGAAGAAACUGAAGGAGGGGCAGGAGGCCGGGAGCUCCCUGCGGUCCCAGCCCUUUGUGGCAGACCUGCGCCAGAGGAUGGACAAGUUCGUCAAGAACCGAGGGGGGCAGGAGAUUCAGAGUACCUGGCUGGAGUUCAAGUCCAAGGCCUUCUCCAGAAGUGAGCCGGGAUCGUCCUGGGAGCUGCUCCAGGCAUGUGGGAAGGUGAAGCGGCAGCUCUGUGCCAUCUACCGUCUCAGCUUCCUGACCACAGUGCCAGGCCAGGGAGGCACACACCUGCCCCAGCACCUGCAGGACCAUGUCCAGAAGCUCAUGCAGGAAAAGCUGAGGGACUGGAAGGACUUUCUGUUGGUGAAAAGCCGAAGGAAUAUCACCAUGGUGUCCUACCUGGAAGACUUCCCAGGCUUGGUGCACUUCAUCUAUGUGGACCGCACGACUGGGCAGAUGGUGGCCCCUUCCCUCAGCAGCAGUGAAAAGACAUCAUCGGAGUUGGGCAAGGGGCCCCUGGCUGCCUUUGUCAAAACCAAGGUCUGGUCUCUGAUCCGGCGGGCGCGCAGAUACCUGCAGAAGGGCUACACCACGCUGCUGUUCCAGGAGGGAGACUUCUACUGCUCCUACUUCCUGUGGUUCGAGAAUGACAUGGGCUACAAACUCCAGAUCAUCGAGGUGCCCAUCCUCUCCGAUGACUCGGUCCCUAUUGGCGUGCUGGGAGGAGACUACUACAGAAAGCUCCUCCGCUACUACAGCAAGAGCCACCCGGCUGAGGCCAUCAAGUGCUACGAGCUGCUGGCCCUGCACCUGUCAGUCAUCCCCAUGGAGCUGCUGGUGCAGCAGGCCAGCCAGCUGGCACGGCGCCUGUGGGAGGCCUCCCACAUCCCCCUGCUCUAGGCAGGGCAGGUGGCCCUCGCAGUCUGCCUGUGCACCCUGUUCUGCAGCCUGUGCUAGAAAUGUUCCCCACACAAGAGCCGCCUCCUGGCUGUAGCAGCCAUCCUGAGGGUGGGGCAGGGUCCUGGGGUAACCCCAGGGUUUCUUAAACUCCACCCAGACCACCCUCUAUGCAGGGUGAUGACCAAACCCCAGAUCCUUCCCCUGGAGGAAGAGGGAGGCCCACGAGUUUCCGUUUGCCACCUUAGACAUCAGCUGCUGUGAGGCUGGAGAUGGCAGCGCCUCUCCGUUUCUCCCCAUGAGACAGGGAGGAAGUCCCCAGUGCCUAAGGCUGUCUGAAGACACUGACUCCCCCUUUUCUGCUGUUCUCUGCUAUUUCCUACCCCAGAUAAAAGGGGCUCAUUGGCUGGGUUUGAAUUCCAGCUCUGCCACUUCCUCUCUGCAGCUCUGGGCAAGUUUCUUAAACUCUAAACCUAUUUCCCCGCAUUCAAAGUGACAACACCUAUCUGAGGGUGGUUGUGAGGAUUACCGAACACUGGCAGGUGCCCAAUAAAUGUUGGUUAUUGUUGUCAUGUGAGCCCAACAUGCCUGUGCCUCUGGACCCUUUUGUUGGUGU